AUGAGCGAUCGAUACUUUUGCAUCAAUGGACAACGAUAUCGCAUGCGGGCUGGAUUUCUGUCCCGCCUCUCCAAACGAGCUAUAGCGAUUGACUCUUUUCAACAGAUGAUGUAUGUUUCUGGCGAAACAACCGAGCCGUCAGUAGAAACAACUGGUAUCAUUGAGGAUAUCGUCCGGCAGCAAGUGAUCGAACUGCUACGCAACUGCACUGAGCUCGCCGGCCGUCGUGGCUCAAAAUCCAUCAGCACAAACGACCUCAUCUUCCAAAUUCGUCACGACCAAGCCAAAGUGUCUCGCCUGCGCACAUUUCUCUCCUGGAAAGACGUCCGUAAAAACGUCAAGGAUUCUGACGACAAAGGCGCAGAUGCAGAUAUCGCUGCUGGCGACGAUGCCGUCGGCGGUGUCGUCCCCGGCGGCCCAGUAGACGAAGCGGCCAAGAAGAACAAAAAGGCCAAAGUCGGCCUCCCCUGGGAACCCGCGUCCUUCUACGCGGUCGAAGUUCCCGAGCGCGACGACGAAGAAGACGAGGAAGAGGAAGAGAUGAAUUACAUCACUCUCCAGCGUCUGCGCAAGGCCGACGAGCGCACCAAAGUCAUGACGCGAGAAGAGUACGUGACGUGGUCCGAAUAUCGUCAGGCGUCCUUUACCUGGCGCAAGGGCAAGCGUUUCCGCGAAUGGGCCGGCUUUGGCGUCGUCACCGACAGCAAGCCAUCAGACGAUAUUGUCGACAUCCUUGGCUUUCUCACCUUUGAAAUGGUCCAGACUCUGACCGAAGUUGCCCUCAAGGUCAAGGAGCAGGAGGAUAUGGCCCGCGCUCAGACCGGCGCCAUGGUUGAGGGCGGCACGAGCAAGAAGCGCAAACUCCAGCAGGGCCUCUUUGACCCCCCCAGCGAGGGCCGCACGCCCAUCGAGCCAAGACACGUCCAAGAAGCUUUUCGAAGAUUCCAGCAAAGGCCCAAGAAGACGCGUGCUAUGCUCAACAUUACAAGGCUAGCGCAACAUACGACUCUUAAUAUCAUUUAG